AUGUCUGAGAAGAAAGCAGACUUGAAUCCUCAGCCUCCCGCUCCCUCCGAUCCUCCUCCAUCCUACGAAACAGCCGCCUCAAGCACGGGCGGCCCAAACACCAAUCCCAUACCACUCCCGCGCCCCCCACCGCUCUCGCUCCCCGUUCUCAACGAACUCCGCUCAAAAAGGGUAAUCCUCGCCUCUGCUUCUCCCCGUCGCAAACAAAUAAUCUCCUUCCUCGGCCUACGCAAUGUCGAAAUCAUCCCUUCCAACACACCAGAAGACUUCCCGAAAACUCUAACACCGUUCGAAUAUGUUCUCCAAACCGCUACUCACAAGGCCAUCACGGUAUAUCAGCAAGAGGUGAACAAUCUGGAGAAGGGUGAGCCGGCAUUAAUUCUCGCUGCCGAUACGAUCGUAGUAGACAUAUCAACAGGAGACAUCCUGGAGAAGCCGCGCUCGGAGGCCCAUCACAUAAGUAUGCUCAAGUUGCUGAGAGACGUGUCGGACCACAAGGUAUACACUGCCGUCGCCGCGAUCGUGCCACUGGAAAGUGCCCGCGAUCCGGGAUACGCUUUGGAGACGGUGGUGGAAGAGACGAAAGUCAGGUUUGAUCCGGACGUUACAGAUGAACUUAUUCUCGCAUACGUGAGGACGCGAGAAGGAGUGGACAAGGCAGGCGGCUAUGGGAUGCAGGGCCUAGGAUCGAUCUUGGUCCAAAGGAUCGAAGGGAGCUAUGAUAAUGUGAUUGGGCUGCCGUUACGCGCUACCUUGAGGCUGAUUGAAAAGGCUAUGGCCAAGGCUGAGGAUGAUGAUUUGCUGGGGGAUGAGCUAUCGGAGGAAGAAUAG